AUGUCUCUCAAUGUUGCCUCCGGAGACGAAAAUGUGGUCAAUCCCAAUGAGGGAGCACAAAAGGUAAAGGAAAGAAAUAUUGGAAGUGUUUUGAAUCGGAGAAGAAAAUACUUGCAAGAGCAAAAGCAACAUACGUCGACAGAUGAAAAUUUGGAUCAUCAAGAAAAUACAACAAUCACGUCAACGGUGGCAGGAGUAACGAAAAAAGGAUGGCAAGACGAUGAAGAAACAACCAACUCCGCCAACAAUAAAGAACAAAAGGGAGGAAGAAGAUUGUUAGGAAUUUUCGGUGGUAAAAGUAAUAACAGUAGUAAUAUCAAUGAAAAACCACAGCAGACUGACAAUGCGUACAUUUUUCAAAACGUACCUCGACCUCUUGACGGAGACGAGGAAGUAAAUGCCAUUGAUUCAAUUCCAAGUGUUGAUCAAAAAGGAAUUCCUGGACUAGAUCAAACGGUGGCUGAUGCUCCAGAGGAAUAUGCAUCUCAAAAAGUUCAAACACUCCAAGAGCUCGAUCAAACAACAAAAGCAACUCUUCACCAUUUCCUUAAUAUGAAAUAUGAUGACAGAGGAUUAGAUUUAUCAUUACUUACAGGUGCUCUUUCUUAUCCCUUGGACGAGCUGGAGCAAGACGAGGAUUGGAGCAACCCUCAAUUUGUAAGAGACCUGUUAAAUUCAAUUAAGGGUUCAAAGAAAGAGACAAGAAAUACAAUAGAAGACAAGAAAACUGAUCGAAAUUUGAAAAAAGUGAUUGUUAAUUAA